CCGGGUUAGAUGAGAAAACCCUAGCCGCAAUUCAUGGCUCCACACGCCUAUAUAAACUGGUCCAAGCUUCUCACGAAUUUGAAGCUCCGGGGUGAAGCAAACCCUAAUACGAAAACCAGGUAAGCGAAAAUGGCCGUGCCGCUUCUUUCGAAGAAGGUCGUAAAGAAGAGGGUCAAGAAGUUCAAGAGGCCUCAGAGUGAUCGCAAGAUCUCUGUUAAGGAAAACUGGCGCAGGCCGAAGGGUAUUGACUCACGUGUCAGGAGGAAGUUCAAAGGAUGCACGUUGAUGCCAAACAUUGGUUAUGGUUCAGACAAGAAGACUCGGCACUAUCUCCCAAACGGUUUCAAGAAAUUUGUUGUGAACAACAUCAAAGAGUUGGAACUACUCAUGAUGCACAACAGGACUUACUGUGCUGAGAUUGCUCACAACGUGUCCACACGGAAGAGAAAGGAAAUAGUUGAGAGAGCUGCCCAACUUGAUGUUGUUGUGACCAACAGAACAGCCAGACUACGCAGCCAGGAGGAUGAAUAGACUAUUUUGCAUCUUGUAUUGACGCUUUGAAACCUACCUGAAUUGUGGAUUUUCAUCAAUUUCGUUUCCGGCGAUUGUAGCAUGCAAAGUAUACGUUAUGAUAAUUAUUUGAAUUACUCUAUGGUCGACUUGAUGUCCAAAUUUUCUCAUGGAACACCGAAUUAUGUAUAACCGCAAGAUAGAACUCUGCAGAGAGUUGCCAAUUAAGGCAGCCGUUGAAGAAGAGGCUGCGAACUAAAUUUCUUUUAGUGCUGCGAAGAUGGCCUGAUUUGGCAACUGGUUGGCUUGACUUCCAAUCCGCAGCACCCUGACGGCCUCACCUAAGUUGCUGGGGAAAGUAUAAAUAUAUGACAGCGAGUUUCAAUACCCCGUGAUAAUAUACUUUUUAUGAUUAUGUUGUCUUUUUUGUAAUUAUAUAGUCAAUAAUGAUUAAUCAACUGAAGUUUGUCGGUGACCAAAA